GACCGUAGGAGGAGCUGAGCCGAGCGUUGUUCAGUUGUCUGGGCACGAGAUCCAGACCGUUUAUACGCUCUUUGUGAGAUCUGGACCGUUGAUGCGUUCGGUUUUCUCAUCACCUUCGUCCAUUUUCUUCCGAUCGCCAAAAGAUGGGUUCCCUCGCAAUCCUUCCUCCGACCACCGCGUCCUGUUCUCCCCGCCGCCGCCAACUCCUCGUGCGGCAGGUGAUCGCCGCCGUUCUCCAGCGCCGGCCCCUUCCUCCCCCCUCCCCACGCUUCCCCGGCUGGACCUCCGAUACCGUCCGCGACGUCCUUUCCUCCAUCUCCACCUACUUUUUCCUCUCCCCCCGCUCCGUCGGCCGGCAAAGCCCCUCCGGCCGCCACCGCUCCCCACUUCGCCAGCGUUUCCUCCGCCGCGAGUCCUCAUCCGCCCGUGGCCCUGCCGCCCGCCGCGACCCCGACACCGUUGCCCUUGGCGUCGCCGGCGCCCUUGAGUUCUACUCCUGGGCGGAGUCCCGCUGUGGCUUCCCCCACGACGAGCUCACUUGCCGAGAUAUGUCCCGCCUGCUCGCCCGGGCCAACUGCCUUCCCAUCCUCUGGCGCUUCCUCCGCGCAAACGAGACCCUCGUCGGCACCGCCACAGUCACCGAGGUCAUCAAGGUCCUCGGCGAGGAGGGCCUCACCAAGGAAGCCUUGGCUGCCUUCUACCGCAUGAAGCAGCUGCACUGCAAGCCCGACGUCCGUUCUUACAACACCGUCAUCUCGGCCCUUUGCCGCGUCGGCCACUUCAAGAAGGCGAGAUUUCUAUUGGAUCGGAUGGAACUGCCGGGCGCCCGGUGCCCACCCGAUACCUUCACAUACACGAUCUUGAUUAGCUCCUACUGCAAGCACAGCUUGCAGACUGGCUGCCGGAAGGCCAUCAGGAGGAGGAUCUGGGAAGCCAAUCACAUGUUCCGGAGGAUGCUGUUCAACGGAUUCGUACCUGAUGUUGUCACAUACAAUUGCUUGAUCGAUGGCCUCUGCAAGACGUAUAGGAUCGAGAGGGCACAUGAGCUGCUUGAUGAUAUGCCGGUGAAGGGUUGUUCCCCGAAUCGGGUUACAUACAAUUCUUUUAUUAGGUACUACAGCGUCGUUAACCAAGUCGACAAGGCCGUCGAGAUGAUGAGGGCCAUGGUAUCACGGAACCACGGGAAGCCCACCUCAAGUUCAUAUACACCUAUUAUUCACGCAUUGUGUGAGACUGGGAGAGUUCAGGAGGCAAGAGAUUUUUUGGUGGAGAUGGCAGCUAGUGGAUCUCUGCCGCGGGAGUUCACAUAUAACCUGGUUUGCAGUGCGCUGAAUGAUGCAGGAGAGGAAACUCUGCCGAAGGAUCUUUGCACAAGGAUAGAAGAUGGAAUGCGUACUAGAUUUAGGCAGGUGUUGCAGUUGAAACCCAUGAUGAGGGGCAAAAGCAUGUUUAUUCAAGAGCAAGUAUGAGGAAUGUGUGUCCUGUGAUGGUGCUCAAAGCGAAGGACAUUAUGCAUUGAUACACCUCCUGUUCUUGGGUGAGACCUUCUGGUUGAAACAAUUUGGAGAAAUCCAGGAUAUGAUUUCUAUGGCUCAAAAUCACUCUACAAGAUCUUGGUUUCUUCAUCAAAGUAAGGAGGCCAUUUAUCAUGCCAAAAUUUGCCCUCCAUGCCAGGUUGUGCGCUUUGGCAAACGCUCAACACGUAAAGCAAGAUGGGGAAGGGUGGAGACGUUGCUGGACCAUACGGAGUGGAUGAAUGAACGUGGAAUCAAUCGCUAGGAGCCAGAAAUGAACGUGGUUUGCAACCUUCUCUAAAUGUUAUUAGAGAUAUUCUCUAAUGCAUAUUCUAAUCUAAGAUUGAUCAUAAAACAUUUUAUGCUCGAUUCUUAUUCUUCUUAAAUUUUUGUUAGUGUUUGUCGACUUAGCUUUUGGAAGAACCAGUAGUAGUUCUUCAAAUAAAAAUAUUUAUUUUAUUGCACAAUGUUAUUGAAUUAUUAACAUACAAAACGUGUAUUCCCUGCAAGCAUUGGUAAUUAUCGAACCAUGAUCACAUAUGAUCUUCCAAGCAUGCUGUUUUGCUUGUUACCUUGGUUCUCUACAAUUAUGGUUCGUCCAAUCAGGGUUUCUAUAACCUAUCAAUUCCCAUACUUGGGUGGGUAGACUGUAUUUAUUAUCAAUGCUGGUCUCAAACCUGAAUAAAAAAUAUUGAGGAUUGCAUUAGAUUACUGAUAGCUAACAUAAAAUUAUAUCAGAUUUUAAGAUCUUAUAAUUUCAAUAUAGAGUUAGGUCAGGUACUUUACCACCAAAGUGUCCCGAGUGUAUAAUUGAAUAAAAUAAUAAAAAUAAAAUUUUGUUAUAUAUGCACUGAUAUUGUGGACUUGGGUACUUGAUCAAGCCGAUAGAUACUGCUUGUUGCGUAUCGAUCUGAUCGGUGUUUAAAAUCUCGAGUCUGGUACAAGGCUGUAGUAGCGUUGUUCCAUAGCGAGUUACAGAACAAAACCAGACGCUCGUCCCUAAAUCUGCACACCUUUGUCUUUACUUCGUUGCAUCCACAACAUAUAUGUUAGAACCAGAACACUUAUGAAACAUCUAAGU